AUGAUUUUGAUGGGCGGACCUGGACAGGAAUUCACCCGCAGAGCGGGGCUGAACAGUAAACCAGAUAUACAGCCGUGGAGGAUUCUCGCUGCUUUCUUCCUGUCGUCCCAUGAACCCGCCUCUCCUUCUGCGGGUACUACUUGCAGGCAGCCACCAACACCCAAAGUGACGCUACAAUCACACAAAACGGGACAAAACUUGAUGGCGAAACCGGUGUCCAAGCUUUUCCUGGACCCAAACCUUGCAACCGCUGUUCUUCUGGGCAUUGCGACGCUCUUGUUGCUUCUGAUAUCCUUAUCGGUUCCCGUUGUCCAAUCUGGCCAGCUUUUCCGUCUCUUGGCUGUUCUCGACGGCACCAAGAGAUAUGUUCACUUCGGUUUAUGGGGCUAUUGCAUCCCCUCUUUCAUCAAAACCCAGCCAAAUGUUAUUGAAGGCUGCUCCAAGUCCAUGUUCGGUAUAACAAUCGACAGCAAUGUCCUUAAUGCACUGCAAACGAACCCUGCGUUGCGCUCACAAGACUCUUACCCGCAUCUUCACACUCUCUUCAUCGCGGCAUUCGUCGCCAUCGUCGCCACGGCCCUCCAAAUCACCGUAGUAGGCAAAGCCAAACUCAAGGUUACCUCCAUCCGCGAGAGUUAUGGCAAUAUCUACCUGGAGUGGGGUAACCUCCUAUGGUUGACCGUUGUGGCCACCGUGAUCCAUUUCAUCAACCUCGUCAACCUCUUUACCAUGCGCCUCCGACUCGCUCGAAUCAAACUGGAGAAACGCAGAGCCCGGCGAAGAAAACACCAUCAACACCUCAGAAUCAAUGAUGUCAGCGAGAAGGAGCUCAUAAAUCCUCCUUUACCUGCCUGUCUCCUCCCACCACCGCGCACAAACCGCUCCCCGACAAGUCCACUGGGGACAUCUCUCCCUCCAGCACCACCAUAA